UAAGUAUUUUAGUAAUACUAGUCGGCAGUUAUCUGUUGUAAUUUUGCUCAGUUUGUCUUUGUAUCUAAUUUUUAAUUAAGUAGCAUUAUGGGUGCCAGAGAUGACGAGUACGAUUAUCUCUUUAAAGCUCGAGCUGAUGCACCACCAGGACUCAAUGGCAAAGUUCCCAUACGUCCACUUUUGAAGUCCAGGAGGCUAGGACAUCAGAGACUUGUACUGAUUGGAGACUCUGGUGUUGGAAAAAGCAAUCUUCUGUCUAGAUUCACACGGAACGAGUUUAACUUGGAAAGUAAAAGCACAAUUGGAGUGGAGUUUGCAACAAGGAGCAUACGGGUUGAUGCAAAGACCAUCAAGGCACAGAUCUGGGACACAGCAGGACAAGAGCGGUAUCGUGCAAUAACAUCAGCAUACUAUCGUGGCGCUGUUGGGGCACUGCUAGUUUAUGAUAUUGCUAAACAUCUUACUUAUGAAAACGUGGAAAGGUGGCUUAAAGAAUUGAGGGAUCAUGCAGAUAAUAAUAUUGUCAUCAUGCUGGUGGGCAACAAGAGUGACCUGCGUCAUCUUAGAGCAGUGCCCACAGAAGAGGCAAAGGCCUUUGCAGAAAAGAAUAGCUUGUCCUUCAUUGAAACAUCUGCUUUAGACUCAACAAAUGUAGAAACUGCAUUCCAGACAAUCCUAACAGAAAUCUACCGCAUUGUGUCACAGAAACAGAUGCUAGACAAGCGUGAGAAUGACAUGUCUCCGAGCAACAAUGUGGUGCCUAUUCAUGUUCCUUCAACAACUGAAAACAAGCCAAAGAUGCAAUGCUGUCAAAAUAUAUAAUCUGUCGAAGAUCUUGACAUUCCCCAUGUUUGUUUGUUUAAAAUUGUUUGUCUGCACAUUUUGUCAAAUUUUAUGGAUGCGAUUUCUUCUGUUUUUGUUUCAGAAUACUAGUUGCUUUUGGAGUUUUAAGUGUGACUGCAAAACAAGAAACCACAAAUUGCACCAUUCUUUCUCAGGGGUAUAGCUAGUUAAAGUUAGAUGACCUGGUUAUAUUUUCCAUGUGGUUUAUCUGUCUGCCACUGUGUAUCCCUUUUAAAUGAUAUAAGUAAAAUAUUGAUGGUGUGGCACCACUGGUGUUACUUGCACGUGUUUGACCGUUCUCUGCACUGACCUCAGUUUGAAUGUAAUGCUUGUGAAGCCUGUAGAGAAAAUGACCUUUUUCAUACUGAAUGUUUAGGUAAUUCUGUUGGCACGUUUAAGUGAAAAAUCUUUUCAAGUUGCUUCCAUUAAUGUAACAAUAUGUAAAUUUAGCUUGAAACGGUCAGCUUUUUGAUAAGCGCAGGACGAAAACUUACAAAAUUUUAUGUGGUGAUAUUUUCACCUAGUAGUCCAUGUAUACUUUUCACCAAGAUGUUCAGAUAGCUAUAUUAUAAAAUACAGAUAAGGACACUUAAGAAGUAAAUUAGCUGUAGGUACUUAUUUAGGGAUGCAUACAUUAGAUUGAGGACCAAUACGUGCUUAUAUUUUCAUGUUGUUGGUGAAUUGUAUGGCUUUGCACUGCUAAAUGUAUUUAAAAGGUAUAGAAAAAGUACUAACCAAGCCUGAAUGUAAGUAGUAUCUUUUUGGGGGGGGGGGGGUUAAGUUAUUUCUGGCAAAGGAUCUUGACUUUCCAUAGCACCAAAUUGCAUGGCUGGCAUAACAGUUCAGUUUCCUGUCCAUUUGAAUGGGUGAUGCUUGUAGUUUCCUACAGUUCUUAGUUUUAAAAAAUCUGGCUUGCAAGUAAUUGUCUGUGCUGCAGAAAUUUUCACUGUGAAUGAAAAUGCUUACUGUUAACUGUUUUUUGAUAAGGGGAUCACCUGGUGUUUUGAAGUAGUAACUGCAGUGCUUUAUUUUCACACGUCGUAAUAACCUGCUUCAUUAGCCACCUCAGAUCAUAUGAUUUUUACUCUUGAGUAAAAUGAGAGUAUCUGUCAUACAAACACCAUUUGUUACUUCUUGUGGUUGUUCUGAUGUUUGAGAAGCAGGCAGAGAAUAGCAUUUAAUUUAUGUGGAAUUCUAAAGCUUUCAGUUUAAUCUGAUGUGGUGUCUCUUCUCGUAUACAGCUACUAUAAUGUGUGUGCAAAAAAGUAACAUUUCUCUCUCAUUGCUUGGAAAAUCCCAUGGCCUGCUGUUCAUUGAGCAUUGAUAGACUACUUGUUUAUGAAGUGCACAGUGCACAGAAGGUGCUGUUAAGUCAUCAGUCACACAGAAAUGUUUCAUGUAUUUAUAAUUCAAGAAUGCUUAUACCAGUUUUGUAAAUCUUUAUAUUUUAAGCAUUUAAUGUAUAUUUUCUCUUUUAGAGUAUGAUUUAAAAUAUAUUGUAUUCACUUCUAAUAAAAAGUAUGGCAGAAUAUUGAAA